AAAAAAUUCAAAAUAAUGAUUUUACCAAAACCACCCAAUAACUUAUUAAAAAUUAAGCAGCAGAAUAUUCUUAUAAAUAAUUUGUUCAAUUUGAAACUAUUCUCAAAACAUAUUAAUCCAGAAAUAUCUUUUAUAAAGUCCAUACCUAACUGGGGGAAUAAAUUAUUUUUAUGUUCAUAUACAACAUCUUCAAAAGAAAUAGCAAAACAAGAUAAAUUAAUUAAGCCUACAAAAUUUUCAAGUUCAAUUAUAAAUCCUAAACCAUUGGAAUAUGCCAUUGCAAAAAUUGAUGACUUAUUAAAUUGGGCAAGAAGGACAUCACUAUGGCCCCUAACUUUUGGUCUCGCUUGCUGUGCUGUUGAGAUGAUGCACAUGGCAGCACCUCGCUAUGAUAUGGAUAGAUUUGGUGUGGUUUUUAGAGCUAGCCCCAGGCAAGCCGAUGUUAUCAUAGUGGCUGGUACUGUUACUAAUAAGAUGGCUCCUGCACUUAGAAGGGUAUAUGACCAAAUGCCUGAUCCAAAAUGGGUGAUAUCAAUGGGAAGCUGUGCCAAUGGGGGCGGUUACUAUCAUUAUUCUUAUUCGGUUGUCAGAGGCUGCGAUAGAAUCAUACCUGUAGACAUAUAUGUUCCAGGUUGUCCUCCGACAGCCGAGGCCUUAUUAUACGGUGUUUUGCAGCUUCAAAAAAAAAUAAAGAGAUCUAAAAUGGCUGAAAUGUGGUAUAGGAGAUAGAGAAUCAUUUUCUUUGAAAAUACCCCAAAUAUUAAAUUAAAUAAAACGAAGAAAAUAUUUAUAUUAUAAUCCUUUAUAGGCUGAUAAUUUUUUAAACACCAAUAAAAUUUAUUCCUUCUACGCACAAAACGCAUAUUUUGAUAUUAGAUAUUAUUAAUAUUUCCAUAUCUGCAUAUGUAUCACAAUUUAUAUACAUUAAUAAUAUUACAUGUUAUGGAUUGAAAAUUGUUUGA